CAGGCCCUGGCCCGCCGGUUGCCUCUGCCCAACCUCGCCCUCGAUGACAGUGGCAUCGGCCCGAAUGGCCAGUCGGUGGGCGAUGAUUGCGGUCAGGAGAACGAAAGUGAAGAAGGAGAAGAAGAGUCGGAAGACAUGCGAAUCGAGGAGGAAGAGUUCAAGAUGCUUCUGGAAGAGGGGAAGACUUACGUCGAACGGCCGGUGCCGCCACACCCGCGACACGGCCUACUGGACAUGCUCGACGCCGUGUGGGUGCGCAUCACUGCACGAUUGCGGCAACACAAGAUCGAGCAAGAGGAGUACUGGGGCGAGUACCGUGGCUUCCGCCAUCCACCCGCCAGCGAGCUCGUCGAGAUAGUGUCAUCGCGACGGAAUAACGUCAUCGUGUGCCUGCUCGAGUUCACCGUCAAGCACCCACUCAACGGUCAAGAGGAGAGAUACAUCUUCAACGUGAAGGAGGAGGUGAAGAUGCGAUACAGAAGCCCUGGCAUGGGCGCCGAGGCUGAUCAGACGUGGUUCCUCGAAAUGUUCUGCUACCCGCCCAACGUGACCAAGGCCAAGCUCGUCCUCAGCAACUUGUACCGCACAGUGUGUGGUAAUUCGCUGACGCCCAAGCGGAGGCACAUCGACUGCGAGCUGCUCCUGGGCCUUUCUUCCGCUCUGGGUCUUGGCACCUAUGAUGUACUACGCGUUGUGAGGCUGAUUGCGCUGAGCGCUGGUUGCCACGAGUCACUCUCGAAGCUGCAGCUAAAUAGCGAGGAUGAUGACGACGACAAGUGGACCGAGGCCAACUCGUCUCCCGACAUGUGCACGAUGGUACCACCUUUCGACAUGGCGUAUCCAGAGGUCGAUACCCUCUUUGCUCCAGGGAGGCACACACCAGUGGACCUCCUGCGCGAGCUCAAACUCUUUGUGAGAAGGUGGCGCCUUCUACUGGAGCUACCUCGAGCCUAUGUGGUGUGCCACGAACUCGACUGGGUGGAGCUUGAGGACGUUGUAACGCUUCUUCCUUUCAUCUCGCCCGAGAAAGGGGUGAGUAGUUUUGUGACGUGGAGGUCCGGGACAAGGAGAUAUCAGGGCAAGGCCUCUGUCAGGCUGCGAGUGCCUGACGAGAAGGGGCAACUUCGGAUCACUUGCCGCCUGCAACAGGUGCAGCAACGAGUGAAGUUCUCGAUUCGCGCCGCUGCCUCUACGGCUGCACUCCAGCGCAGAACCGACGUGUUUUAUGGGCACUUUGAACUGCCCAGCGCCCAACCGCCGUCAAAGUACAUCAACGACCAAAUGGCUGGACCCGGCUUCUUCGACCAGUUUGCGCGCACCUUCAACCUCUCGCUCCGCAUACCGGGCACUGAUCUGCGCGUGCAGGCGGCCGUCCUGUUGGCCGUGUGCUGCCUGUCGUCAUGCACGCCGUACAACUUUCGAGAGAAGCAGCCCUUCAUUGGUCAUCUGUCACAAGAGCGCUGCGAACUGAAGACGCGCGGGCGGGGCCUCUCCUUUUCCCCAUCAGAGGCCAGACACUCAAGACUCGCGUAUGGUCCGUUCCACGACUGGCUCCGCGACGUCGACUGGCUCCGCUACGGCCACGUCCCUUCUGGCUGCUGA